AUGUUGAAUUCAGAGAGCAAAAUGCUUUGGAAAAUUGCAAGACCUUUCCUCUCCAGGCUCGGGGAAAAGUUGGCGGAUUAUGCUCAGGGCACUAUGACCACAAUGAUAGACUACAGUAUAGUAUUGGAAUCUCUACAAAGAAACUUGAAAUCGUUGAGUGAUAAAGCAUUUGAUGUUGAGAAGGAGGUCAAGAAUGGUGAGCAAUCGGGUAUGAAGAAAAGGAAGCGUGAAGUCGAGAGCUGGUUGGCAGAGGUGCGGAAACUUGAAAUGGAAUUCGCUGAAUUCGGGGAUGCUAUGGAUUCUGAUGGAUUUACUAGUCGCUUCUUCGGGGGAGAUAGAGCCAAGAACUUGAGUGUGAGAGUAGAGGGAUUGGUUGAGCAGAGUCGACAUUUUGGUGAACUGCUUCAUGCUUGUGAACCCGAGCAAGUUCCACUCUUGACAAAGAAGUUGGUGGGUAAAACGUUUGAGGAGAACUUUGAAAGGAUUUUGAAGUUGUUGGUGAACGAUGGAGUGUCAAGUGUUGGGAUUCAUGGCAUGGGUGGUGUGGGUAAGACAACGCUGGCGAAGCACAUCCACAAUCGGUUUGUUGAAGGAGCUCAACAUGUUGUCAUUUGGAUAACUGUAUCUCAUACAUUUAACAUAAAGAAUUUGCAGGAUGAAGUUGCCAAGGCAGUGCAUCUAGAUAUUUCAGACGAGAAGAAUGAAGACAAAAGAGCUGCGAGACUAAACCGAGUACUAUCAAGAAAAGGGAAAGUUCUGCUAAUAUUUGAUGAUGUUUGGGAAAAGUUCAACCUCGAAAAGAUUGGAGACCCACUUUCCUUGGAGGAGUGUAGAUUAAUCAUAACAUCCCGUUUAUCGGAUGUGUGUCAUCAAAUUGGUUGUCAAGAAGUUAUUCCAAUGGUAACACUCAAUAAGAGUGAAGCUUUGAGUUUAUUUACAGAAACUCUUGGCGCAGGGAUGACACUAACUUCCCAAGUACAAGAAAUUGCAAAGCUUAUGGCAGGACAGUGUGGUGGAUUGCCAUUGGGCAUAAUCACAGCAGCCGGAAGUAUGAAGGGUAAGACGGACAUUCGUGAGUGGAGAAUUGCACUGAAGGACCUAAAAGAAUCAAUUUUGAGAGAAAAUGGCACUGAUGAUGAAGUUUUCAAAAUACUCAAAUAUAGUUUCGAUAGGUUGGGUCAGGGAGAAAAGAAAUGGAAUGGAUUUACAGUUCUACAGCAUUGUUUCUUGAAUUGUUGUUUGUAUCCUGAAGAUUCCCAAAUAAGUAAAAGAAAAUUGAUAGAACUACUCAUUUCAGAGGAGUUGUUGGACAAAAGGAGUAGUAGAAGAGAUCGGGUGGAUUGGGGUCAUGUCAUGUUGAACAAAUUAGUGAAUGUGUGUUUGUUAGAGAGCGACGGAACGUGGUGGGUGAAGAUGCAUGAUUUAGUAAGAGCCAUGGCAUUAAAGAUCACAAAGAAUAAAUAUUUGAGCAUCGAUAGGCAAAGUUUCAUGGAUGGAGGAGGAGAAUGGAGUAGAGAUCUGAAGAAGGUUUCUUUGAUGGGCAAUGGCAUAAAACAUAUACCUGUAGAAUUGUCCCCAAAAUGUCCCAAGCUCUCAACAUUGCUCUUCCAGAACAUUGAUUUGUUAAAGCUUAUACCGGGUUCAUUUUUCUCGGAGAUGCAUGGUUUACAUGUUCUUAAUUUGACUUAUACCGACAUUGAAGAGUUACCAGAUUCUUUGUCUAAUUUAGGGAGCCUCAAAGCCCUUCUCCUAAGGUAUUGCAGAUACCUUAAAUGUGUGCCGAGCUUGGGAAAUCUCAAGGACCUAAGAGAGUUGGACAUUUCAUUUACUUCUGUCAAGGAAUUGCCUUUUGGAAUGCAAGAACUAGUGAAUCUCGAAUGCUUGAAGAUUGAUUCUCGAAAGUUGGAGAAAGUACCAAGCAAUUUGUUGGUGAAUUUCAAAAAACUUCAAUGCCUCCAUCUUCCAUCUCAUAUCGAAGCACCAAUGACAGAAGUUGAGAAAUUAGAACAACUUGAGGAGUUCCAUGGGCGUGUGAAAGAUGGGGACGAAUUUGGUCGAUUAAUGGUAUGUCUACAAAAAUUAAAAGAGUACAAUCGAUCUUAUAAUGUUUUCGUGGGAGAUAUUCUGGGGCAGCGGCGAAUAACACCACCUGCAGGUGAUAAUGAAGUGGUUGUGAAUGGGCUGAGGGUGAAUGAAGAAGGGAGAAGAGAUGUUAUGGUCUGGCCACUUGACAUGGAAGGCUUUGGACUUAUAAAGUGUGAGGGUUUAGGAAGCUGCAUGAUGGAUGGUAUUCAAGGAUUAAACAUCAGUAAUAUGAAAUCCUGCAAAAGGUUGAGGCUAUAUGAAUGCAAAGGGGUAGAGUGCAUAUUGAAAUCGGAGGAGGACCAAGUAGAAGAAUUUCCAUUACAAAAUUUGGAAUCGAUAUUGUUAAAGAAGUUGCCUGAUUUGAUGUGCGUGGUGAUGUUUCAAAGUUCAUCUCCACCUCUACUGUUUUCGUCUCUUAGGGAGCUGCGUAUUACUGAAUGCAACAAGAUGAAGAAGCUGGGGUUGCCACUAUCACUAUCACUGUCACUCUUGGGGGGCUUACAAAACCUUGAAUUGCUGGAUGUCCAAAGGUGUGAACAAGUAGAAGAGAUAUUUGAAGUAGAAAAUAGAAAUACAUAUAAUAGAGGAGAUGAAGAACAAGGAAAUCAAGCACCAUCAUCAUCUCAAAGAUUCCAUCUCCCCAAAUUGAAGUUUAUGAACCUUAUUCAACUCCCAAAAUUGAAGAGCAUCUGCGACUUGACACUGAUAUGCCGUUCCCUUAAAAUUAUUCACAUCGAAGGAUGCAUGCAAGUGAAGAAACUGCCAUUGCUAUUUGGUGAUUAUAAUUAUGAUUCCCCUCUUCUACCAGACUAUCAUCAGCGAUUAAGUAUCUACAUUCCAAAAUCAGAGAAGGAAUGGUGGGAAUCACUGGAGUUGGAGCAUCCCUCCCUCCAUCCCCUCCUCAAACCCUUACUUCGUCUUCAUUGA